CAAGAAACAAGAACUUCUAAAUUCCGCACCUUACCUUUUAACUCUUAAUCAUGGCCGACCAGCCCAGUACCCACUUUUAGAAAGAAGGUUGGUUGAAUGGAUUGAAACUCUCCAUAAUAAACAUAUGGCUGUUACACGAAAAAUGGUUGUUACAAGGGCCAAACAAUUGGUUCAAAUUAAUGAGAUAAAGGAUGCAUAUCCUAACAUUGGUGAUGAUUUUAAGUUUUUUAAUG